CGCCAGCCCCCACACCAGCUACGGCAGUUAAUCUCAAAUCUCCGUACUAUCCUCCACUUUAACAGUAGCAUUGCAAGCAGAUUCGCCAUCUCUUUCUUUUCGAUCUCCAGCUGAUCUACGCCUCUUUGGUACACCACGGCUCCAUUUUAGUUUGGCACUGCACUCUUCGACAGCACUGACCAAGUCUCUGGUUGCACUAAGCAAGCAAGAAAGCAAAAAUGGCUGCGAUCUACAGCCUCUACAUCAUCAACAAAUCUGGAGGCCUCAUUUUCUAUAAGGAUUAUGGGUCAGCAGGAAGAAUGGACACCAAUGACAGCUUGAGACUUGCAAGUCUAUGGCACUCGAUGCAUGCCAUCUCUCAGCAGCUCUCUCCUGUAUCUGGAUGUACAGGAAUUGAGCUCCUCCAGGCUGACACCUUUGAUCUCCACUGUUUUCAGUCUCUCACUGGUACUAAAUUCUUUGUGGUGUGUGAGCCUGGAACACCUCACAUGGAGGGUCUCUUGAAACACAUAUAUGAGUUAUACACAGACUACGUUUUGAAGAACCCUUUCUAUGAGAUGGAGAUGCCAAUUCGGUGUGAGCUGUUUGAUGUAAAUUUGGCACUGGCCGUACAGAAGGAUCGGGUUGCAUUGCUGGGAAGAUGAAUUGCUCAACCACAUAUCCCGGCUUUUUAAGUGAUGAUCUGCUUACAUUUGUUUAGAACAAGGACAAUUUCAUUCGUGUGAUGUGCUUCUUUCCUUUUAUGUUCCGUUUUACAUGGAUCUUGAGAGCAAUACUAAACCCCAUUUGAAGUUGUCCCGUGUCUUUUUUUGCUCUAUCAAAUCCCUUUUUCUUUCUCA